ACCUCACUAAUCUGCUAACACUGGAAAUGCGCUGUCGCAGCGGACUUGUGCGCUUCGGGCGGGAACCGUUGCGCGAGGCCGCCUAGUUCUAGAUAACUAGCGCGCACAAUGGAGGAUGAGAGGCAAGCCGGUGACGGGGAAGAAAACCCCAUGUCUCCCAAGCCUACGAAGUGGACGCCCAACCAGCACCACUUGAAAAUCCUCCUCGGGAUGGGAAUUAACCGCAACGCUGCCAUAAAGGCACUCUACUACACCGGAAACCAAGGCCCUGACUUUGCUGCUCAGUGGAUUUUCGAGAACAAUGACGAGGACAUUGAUGCUCCUCUCGAUCUCGAGGCCUCAGAUGAAAGCGACACAGAAGACGAGGAUGCUCCUGAAACUUACAAGAUGGUGUUUGCUGUCAACACUGAGCUUGAGAUGGGCACAGGAAAAAUUGCCGCCCAGGUAGGACAUGCUGUCCUUGGCUUGUACAGGCUGCUUCUGCAAGACGAGACGAAGUAUGGCAACAUGCUCCUGCUGUGGGAGGAAUACGGAGAGACCAAAAUAGCCCUGCGUGCCAAUUCCACUCAGCAUCUGUUGGAUUUGGACAAAAAAGCGACAGAGCUUGGCCUGCCUACAUACCUUGUCCAGGAUGCCGGAAGGACACAGAUUCCUGCAGGAUCCACGACGGUUGUAGGGAUAAUGGGACGAAAUGACCUCGUCGACCAGGUCACUGGAGGUCUGCGGCUACUGUGAAAGGCUGCGCUGUUGCGAUUAUACAGUGCAUGCAAAGCUAAGCAGCAGCCUUGUGAUAAGCGAAUGUCCCCAUUCCAUCCUGCUAAUCGCCUCCAUUGAAGCCAAAAAAGCCACUGAAACACUCCCCGCCCACCUCUUGUUUGUAUCUAUGCGCGGGUUUUCUCAGGACACUUUGUGGCUGGCGGGAGCAGUCCUUUUAUACGCUUCAAUCUAGGCAACAAUUUGCAGCCCUUAAGUGGUAUUUUUGAGCGAUUGCUUUUGGUGGGGGGGGGGGGCAAUCACAUUCAGAAACAUUUGCGUGAUUCGGCAGCAGACAUGUUAAAUAUUCAGUUGACAGCAAUUAGGCAAUUUGUCAAGGUCGCUGUCAUCGCGCCGUGCCAGGAACACUGUUGUUCGUGUACUUCGCACAUCCGGUGCUUAGUAGCGUGAAAUCUCAUGAAAGAGAUUGCUCAAGGAUACUUGCCCUGCUUCUCACCAAUCGAGCGAAUUGUGAAUGUCACAUUUGGUUAUGUGGCCCAUGGUUUGGUUGGCGUUGCCGAGGACAUUAGAACUUGUAACCCUGGCAUUUAGUGCAGAAGCACUUCCUUUAUUCUUUAUUUUUUCAAUCACUUGGGCUUUAUAGUGAUGUGAGUUAUCACGAAUUCGUAUAUAAUUAUUUGACGCAAUUUUUCACGUUAAACGUCGUGAAGAAACAUUAUGCGGGAACAUUGUGCUUUAAUUAAUUAGUGUGCAUAACGAGCAUAAUAUGUUGUCGAUAGGUAAAUAAUUUUUCUAAGAGAUCCGUAAUAAUCUUGUGAUAAAGUGCUUUACGUAGCAUUUUAAAGCGAACAACUAAGUUUAAUUACACAUUGUUCUAAUCUGCGUGGUUUUAAAACAUGCACUAAAGAGUACUAUAGUGUAUUUAUUGUCUUUAAUUUGUUGUCAACAUGAGCAGGAGGACAUGAGCAUUGAUGGUGCAAUCAUUUGUAUUCCUCUUAGUAGUUUGGUGCUAGUUAAACAUUUCACGGUUUAUUAAAGAAAUUACCUGCAAUACAUCUGUAUUUUCUUACAAAUGCAUUCUUAUGACUGAAAGUGGAGAGAAGCAUUUGUCUGUGGUAGUUGCCAAAGCUCUUACUUUAGUUUGUCUCGUAGGAGCACAGCUUUGCAACAUCCUAACACGUGUCCGCAAACUCUCCUGAAUUUACCGUAGAGUUUACGAAGUUGGGCUUUUUCUACGAUUUUACAAAUGUUUUGUCAUGCAUUACAAAAACUUCAGUUCACAGAAAAGAUGCGUCCCGCCAUACUCUUAAUAUGUUUUUUGAUGGUGAAAGGGCACCUGAGGGAUAUUUGCUUUGAUCAAGCUUAUUCAUACAAGUUUUCUGAAACAAGCAAAGUUGCUAGAAAAAGUCACUGUGAUCUGAAAACAAUGUGUGACUUCGCAGUCUUUGCCAUUCCAAAUUGUUGUUGGUUGUGUGCAAUGGGUCAAGCUGAAUCAUUGUUAAUAAAGUCCAUUUCCCACAUAAAGUGUGCGCUCGGAGAAAGCUAAAAAAAUACAGAAUUGUACUCUUUCACCCUCUAAAAUUUACAUUUGUUAAAACUAUUGAAGAAAAACUUGGCUUACAAUAACUUUUCUUAAUUAUAUCACCUUAUUUAUCUUUAACCAAUUGCACCGAAGAGGAUACUGGCAAAGGCUAAGAUUCACAUGCUGAAAUACACAGUGCCUAUCGUGGCUUGAUGUUGCAGAAUCAAUGCUGUACAUAUAAUGGUCAGUAAAAACUUGUCUUUGAUUGGCUAUGGAGUGGCUUCCUGCGGGCUUAAUUUUGAGCUAAUUUAAAGCUUGGGAGGAUAGUGUAGCAAUCAACAACGCCGUAUUACUUGCAUGGGUGUUGCUUGCACACCUUGGUUCUUACAUGUUCACCUCUUUUUAUCAUGCUGGCUAGUCUACACCCUUCUUCUUUUUGCUAAGACAACAUACUACUAUUCCAUUUACACUGUGUGCGGCAUGUUUUGUUUAAAUGUUGUUUUGAAAAUUGUGUGCCCGUUUUGGUUAUGGACAGACAUUUUUGAAAUUGUAGAUGGUUCGUGCAUGUGAAAGGAUGACACUUGGCAAGCUUGAAAUUUGGGGGGGGGGGGGGAAAUCAUCAUUAAUAUUAAAAUUGGCCUCCAAAUGCUGCACAUGACUUCGACAUUAUUGUGCCAUCGAAAAAAAUUAGGUGAUACUGAGUAACAAUACGAUUAGGUAUGAUGAUGUUGCUUAUAAAAAUUAAACAUGCUGCAUGCUUUUCUACUCGCUGAGCUCACAUGUGGAAGCCGCAGUGAGUGCAGGAAAAGAGCAAGUCCAUGUAUCAUGACGCCAUGAUGCAUCCACGUCAUGGUUACCGAAACCAAACAUGCUUUAUUUAAUUUAUUUAGUGUAGAAAUAGGCAUUUCAGUAAGUUGUUUAGUGCACUCUGAUUCUUUUAUGUAUUUUUUGUUAGUUUGGAGGGCUUAGAUCAUAAGUUAUUGCAAAAGAAAAAAAAUGUAAUACCCAUGUCGCACAGGCACCCACGAACUCCUUUAGGAUAAAGGAGCGCAAGGCUUCUUAAGCGAGUUUGACCUCAAGGAAGUUGCGGUCGUGUCAGGUAGCCAAUAAGGAGCUCUUAAAUGUAGCCGCCAGAGGCGCAUUCAGCGGUGUUUGGUUUUUGUACAACUACAAGAAUGUAACUUCUGAUUACACUUGUAGCUAUUAUAAUUAAUGCUCCUUUUAUAAAAAAUAUUCAAUAUUCUUGAUGCGAAAAACAUACACGUCAUUAAAAAUCAAAGUGCACUCGCUAAACAUAGCAGUGCUGACAGCAACGCUAGCCACCCUGUACUUAUCUGUGUUUUCUUUUGCGGCAUGACGAGUUGGCUCUGCAUUCUGCUCACUGAACAGCUGCAAGCUGUACUAAAAUGUAACAUUUCGUGCACAGUGAUCUUCUGAGCUUUCCUUUUAUAUUGUUUACUGCACCGGUGUAAGUAAUAAGUGACCACACUGACCACUGCAUGACUAGCAUAACAAAGGCCACGUUUUCAUGAAACCAAUGUGAGAGGGUCAAGUCAGAAAUUGUGCUGACUGAGCCUGACGUGAGCACGUUUACACGAACUCCCUUUUGACAAUUCUGAACUACGAUGGCAUAUAGUGUCAAGCCAAGACAUCAAAGGGUUUGAACUGGGCUUCUGGUUCCCGCUGCUGUCUGCAGCAGCUCUGUUUACAGGGUCUUUUGGCUCAGAUGAGGUUGCACUGCACAACGCCUUGUAUUGGUCUUGUCCUGAUACUAUCCCCGCUGCCAGCGCAUAAUUUGCAACGUCCCAGUGUGCCCGCGCAAGUGUUGGCGCUGGUGGGCCGGACCCGUUCACGUUUACGUGCACGCAGCAAACGAGUCAGGCUGGGUCAACCUAUACUCCAUGCAUUCGGGCUGACUGAGGAGUUUGCGGGUGCCCAUGCAAAGGGGGGGGAUAUAAGUUGAAAAUGCCAUGUCAGUGUCAUAGCAUGUGUAUGAGCAGGAGAGGAUUUCCACACAUUAUCUGCAUUUUACUAAAACGGACUCCCUUUUGCUAGCUUUGCCAAACAGCUUUCUGGAAAAAAGAAAGCGCAAAAGUAGAUUGUCCUGCUUACAAGUGUUUAUAGAAUACUUCCUGCCUUGCAUCAGUGCUGCAAAUAUGUAAUGCAUGAGCCAGCACAAAAAUUCUUCACAAAAGCUAGUAUUGAUAGGUGCUUUUUGUAAGCGGCUGAAGCUGACAAGAGAAUCGUGUUUAGUGCUACUUAGGUGUUUGCGUGAUGCCACAGGGGUUCUCUGAGCUGAGGACAUUUAUGGUGCAAGUUCUGCAAGGGAAUAGUUUGGUCCUUCAGCUGCACUUAUAGAAACUGCAUUUACAGUGGCAAAGAAAAACAGCGUUUGAGAAUUGCAAAAAUUAAUAUAGCCAUUUCGGCCAGGUUGUGAUAGAGAAGCAUAUCCUUAGGGUUUCCCAUUGUUAAAAAUAUAUUUGCAGUUUGAGCAAUUGGCUGUGGUUAACACCAGAGCAGCAGUUUUAGCCUUUUUCACGCCCCAACUUUCAGAGAAGAUGCGACACAAAGUUUGUGGCUUUCUAGCGCUACUAUUCUACAAAGGAGGAAAUAUUAGCACACAUUAGCUUGUGUGUACAUUUUGACUUUAAUACGUUUAUGAGUGUGGUAGCAGUCUGCAACAAGAUUAUUUUGUUUUAGCUGCACAUUUAAUCUGGUUCAUAGAAAGCUUGCAAGCAAAAUGCACUUAGGGCCACUGUAAGAGAAUAUUUUCAUAGACUAAGGAUGCAAUUUUUCAAUGAAUAUUUAUAUCAGAAGCUCAGUCCUAGGAGCUGAUGACAGUGCCGUCAUCUAUUUAUUAAUUGUUGAUUUUUCAGGAUGCAUAUGCUAGUACAACGUUCAAAUGAAGAUGUCUGCACUAGCUGAAUUUUGCCACAAGCUUCAGGGCAUUGGAAGUAUUGUUUUUUUUUUUUUCUUCAAAGCACGGUUAUGUAUUGUGGUGUAUCGGUUAUAUAGCCCAACCAACUUUUGAAGCAGAGAACAUUGCAAAUGGAUUAUGCACUGGGAGCAAAAUGCUUGCUCUUUCGUCGUGAAACUGUUGGGUGAUGGCCUCGCACACCCUUUUGCUUGUGAUUCAGGGUAGCUAAUCUUGUUUGCAUAUAUGCGAGAGCGCUGUAAAUAUAGUAGCGUACGCAGCCUUGUUAUGGGAAACAGGAGCACAAGGCUGCAUUCUUUUUAUUGAUGUUUCUGUCAUCGUUUGGUUGGUUCUUGCAAGCAAGGGCUUCUGCUAGUAAGAGUGUUUUGGUAAUUAGCAGCUAUUUUUGAAACAUCAGGAGCUCUUUCAUAGGUUGCCUUGAAAGAUAUAGAAGUGCUAGUUGCAUUAAUCAAAUGUAUUGCAUUUUUGUAAAUUUACAGGAUUCCACACGAUCCUUGCACCAUAUUUAUUAAGGGAGAUAUUUUUCUUUAGCAAGUUCAUGCAAAUAAUUGUAUGUUACUUUUUGUCAGGGCUAUAAUUUUAUUUUUCAUCACCACACGUCUUGGUUAUCAGCCAUCAUAUGCUGGUUAUCUUUUUUUUUUUUUUCAUGCAGUAAUCACAUCAUAGUGCUGACAUGCAUGUGCAUGCUGCACUUCCACCACAUAUCACGCUGCUUGAAAGUGUGAUCUCUGUGCUCACAGCUUCUGUAAUUGUGAUGUCUUGCUGUGCGUUUCUAUAUUUUGGCCAUUUAUAAAAGGCAGUGGCAAUAAUUUGGUCACGUUCUUUUUACAUAUAAUUUAGAAAUGAAAGUACUUGCGUCAUUGUGCUUCUGUCAGGUGUAACUGUCUGUCCUUUUCACUCUUCAUGACAAAACGAUCUUUGUUGUUAUAAGUUGUUUUGAUUUCACAAAAAGGUCUCAGUUUUGCCCAGUAGGCGAAGCAUCAAUUGCAAUAGCAAAUUAGCAGACAGCUAUACAAAGUAAGGAUAGUAGCUUUAUCGGCCGUAUAAACUUGUAAACGUUUGCUUACUAACUAAAUUAAUGAGCAUGGUGUCACGUACGCACAAGCAAACAUGAAUACAUCUCACUUGAUGACCACGGAAACUCACUCUCAGAACGUUGGAGUGAGGAAGUGUGGCAGCAGAAGCGAGUGAAUUGACCUUCAUGCUGCCUCCUGCUUCAACGCUAACUAAAUGGCGAAAACACAGCAGAAACGAAGCUAUCGGCCCUCAGUACGCCUAGACUCUGUCCCCUUCGCAGAUCGCUUUCAAGAUAGGGUAGGUGCAGCCGCGCCACACGCAGCAGCUGCCAGAGUAGAACCCCCUCCCCACGCCCCGUUGCCUUGUGUGCGACAGAACAUGGCGUGCUUCCUCCUUGCUUUCCUCCUUCGCGCGCCGAGAUUGAGCCGCCAUCGUUGGUUCACCCUAGCACGCUUUCUCUCACACAUACAACAUACGGUGCGCGGGGACGACGUUAUCACUCUUGGACUUUAUAUGGAACAUCACAGAGACUACGACGGUAGAAAUGCACCUGGAAUGUCCAUAUAAUUGCUAUUGCAAUAAAAAAUACUUAUGAAUUGACGACUUUCUUGGGACAGCUUGUGUCGCAGUUGAGAUACCCUGGAGUGGGCUCUACAGCUGCUCAUGGGAAUGUUUUGCAGCUGGGAAGCAACAGAAAAAGUUGGAUUUUUCUUUCUAGCUAAGCUUGUUUCUGGAAAUUUAAUAGUAACGGUGCAUCCUGUGCUCGUUGUGUGCACUGUGUUAGGGAAUCUUUGAGUUCAUUGUCAAGCCUUUGGACACCAAAGAAAGUUUCAUUUGUUUUCGGGGUUUUCCUGUUAAAGAACUUCUAUGGACAGCAAUACAUGUCCACCAUCACAGUAUAACUUGCUACCUUGAGCUGUACUACAACACUACACAUGAUUUCUUGACCUUGUCAGGAUAUCAGCGUUGCACUUAGACGGUUAUCGCUAUUUUGCCUAGUGUUCUCCAUUCCAGUUUAUUGUUGGGCCACCAAAGAAACUUUGUUCUCACAAAAGUGAUAUACAUUUAAAAUGACCUACUUUGGCCUCUUCCCAAGUCCCCAGCUUUGCAGACAGUAUGUGACCGCUAUCCAUGUCUAGGACCUCUCGCCAUGAACAGUACAUUAUGCAUAUCAGGCUGCACUUCAGAAUUCUUUGAAUUUUUUAUGAAGUGUGGCGGUGUGUGGAACAUCACAAUGCACUCUCUUCUCAUAACGUGUUUGCACAGUGUAUUUCACAUAAUAUUUAGGCCACGAAUUCGUUGCUUUUGAUGUUGAACGUUGAAACACCUUGCCACUUUUUAUUUUGUCUGGUGGUUACUUGCACAGCCAUAACUUUUUUCACUAACCUUUUUCACUCUGUAUAGUGUAAUUUCCUGCUGUAUUGCCAUGAGAAAAAAUAAAUGCUCUGGAAUUGCA